AGUAAAGAUCAUCAGUAGAGUUUGCCUUUUUCCACAGCUCACAGGUGAAUAAACGAUGAAGCUUCUACUCCUACUAACCAGCGUGCUUUGCCUUGCGCUGAUCGUAUCCGCACGGCCGUCCGACGAGACUACGGAGCAAGAGUCAUCGACCGAGCUAAGCGAAGACACUUCGGAUAGCUACCACCAGGAAGAGGAUACAUCAGAAGCCGGUGCUGAUGCUGGUACAGAGGGCAGCGAUUCAGAAGAUGACUCCAGCGAAUUAGAAUCUUCUUCGGAAGAAGGACAUGAGGAUGGUAGCGAAGACGCUACUGGCGAGGAAGGUGGGGCAGGCGAGGAAGGUGAGGCCGGUGAGGAAGGUGAGGCAGGUGAGGAAGGAGAGGCCGGCGAAGAAGGUGAAGCAGGUGAAGAAGGUGGAGCAGGUGAAGAAGGUGGUGCAGGUGAAGAAGGCGGUGCAGAAGGUGGCGAAGAAUCCCCCGUUAAUACCUACCAUCAGGUGCACAACUUGCUGAAGAACAUCAUGAACGUUGGCACGAAGAACAAUUACUUGAAGUCGUUCAUUUUGGCCCGCCUGCAGGAACGUCUCAUGAACCCCACGAUCGACCUGGUCGGCAGUAUCUCCAAAUAUUCCAAGAUUAAGGAAUGCUUCGACUCGCUGGCCGACGAUGUGAAAUCUCUGGUGGAGAAGUCCGAAACAUCGUACGAAGAGUGCAGCAAGGACAAGAAUAACCCUCACUGCGGCAGUGAAGGUACACGCGAGCUUGACGAGGGACUCAUCGAACGGGAACAGAAGCUAUCGGAUUGCAUCGUCGAAAAGCGUGAUUCAGAGUAGACGCUGAUCGUGAUGCGGAAAUAAAGUUGCAAGCAAUGCAUAAAUGCA